CACGGUGACAUGCCACAGCUAGAAAGAGACAAUAUAAUGGCAGCCUUUCGCAGUGGCUCCAGCAGAGUCCUUGUCACCACUGACAUCCUGUCGCGUGGCAUCGACGUCCAGCACGUCUCCCUGGUGAUCAACUAUGACCUGCCCACCUCCCUCGAAACCUACAUUCACCGGCGGCCUUGUACACUGGAUACUGCCGUAUGCAAGUGA